AUGCCGUGUGGACUCCAGUGCAGACCCACGCCCGAGUUGAAGACCAAGGACCAGACGUACCACUGUCUACAGCUGCGUCUCACUGUGUACACACCGGCAGAGCACAGGUACCACUGUCUACAGCUGCGUCUCACUGUGUACACACCGGCAGAGCACAGGUACAACUGUCUACAGCUGCGUCUCACUGUGUACACACCGGCAGAGCACAGGUACAACUGUCUACAGCUGCGUCUCACUGUGUACACACCGGCAGAGCACAGGUACCACUGUCUACAGCUGCGUCUCACUGUGUACACACCGGCAGAGCACAGGGACCACUGUCUACAGCUGCGUCUCACUGUGUACACACCGGCAGAGCACAGGUACCACUGUCUACAGCUGCGUCUCACUGUGUACACACCGGCAGAGCACAGGGACCACUGUCUACAGCUGCGUCUCACUGUGUACACACCGGCAGAGCACAGGUACCACUGUCUACAGCUGCGUCUCACUGUGUACACACCGGCAGAGCACAGGGACCACUGUCUACAGCUGCGUCUCACAGUGCACACACCGGCAGAGCACAGACUGGUGUACGCCACGCGGAGACGCACACAGAGGCUGGUUCUUUUCCGCUGUUACAUGAAUAACACAGACAAGAAUGACAGCCUUCUCUCGCCCGGGCCCCUCCCCCACACACACAACAACAUGCUCAAUAUUUGA